AGAUCCACGGACACCACCGCUGACCAUACAAGAGGAGACAGCACCAGACUUGAAGGAUUCCAGGAGAUAGAUACAAGAUAUAUACACAGGGCGGGGAAAUACACACUCAGUAACAGGAAACACAUGAGCGGGCAGUCCUAUCAGGGGGAAGGGCUGCCGGAAGCACCCCCCACCAAGCCAAUGCACAAACACAUACAUCCCAUAAUAGUUUGCUCCCAAGCCAGGCACACAAUAGAACAAUGGGAUGCAGCCACAUGGCAGUGAACAAUGAACAACCCCCACACCCCACCUAUACAUGUCUACACAAUAGCAGGACAUUCCACCCUGUACCCCUAA